AGUAUCGAAACGUAAAUUCAAAUCUCAUUCAGAAAUUUACCACGUGGGUUUGACGUACGCCUAUAAAUAAGUAUAUCUCACCUGUUGGGUUACUACCUGUCAGAUUUCGCCGUUCGUUGCAAUUCCGUUUAAUCGUACCGUUGGUAUUAAAGUUGGCCAUCAUGUGAUUGAUGAUCUACAAACCCCUUUUAAGGCGCCCUAUCCUACCAAUGACGAUCCGUCUACAGAUCACUGAGGUUGAGUCCCCGGUACAGUGAUACAGUACGCAGACAGUUAUAGACCUACACGAUAUAACUCCAAUGUUGGUUAGACUUUAAUGACAUUCAACAAGUAUGUGUGAUGUAUUGAAGCGUGAAUUCUCCUGGAGUAACUUCCGACUCUCUCAUCAAUACAAGACCGACUUUUUCACUUCCCAGUGGCGAUGGCAUCCUUAUGUAUUUUUGAUAGUUCGUUCCUUGUUGGCGGCGUACUCGAUAGCGUCCCUGUCUGCUGUGUUGGCGGAGGGUGGCGGUCCACAAAACAUCAUGGUCUACCUCACGAUAUGGACGUACCUGACUCUGACGUUACAUUUCCUGUUGGCAGCUGUGCUGGCGUUUGUUUGUACCUGCUGCACACGUUAUGGUGAAGAUCACACCAACAGCAUCGUCUUAACACGAGUGAAAAGUGAACCCGUCAAAGCGGUCAACGGCUCUUUCCAAAAGGAUGACGGCCAACAAGUGUCAAACACCGACGUUUCAGUUGGCAUUUCAUCAACGGCAAAUCUUGAGACCGGAAAUGCGCCAUCGGUUGCUCAAUUCCUACCUUGGCACUUUCAAGUGUGUUGGCUGGUGUCUAUCGUCGCUCAACACUUCACUAUAGUGGUGACAAUAGUUUACUUUACAGCUUUAUUUCCGUUCAUGGGUAUCCAGGGUAUAGCUGUCAACGAUAUUAACAUGCACGGGAUAAGUACGGUCUUGGUCCUUCUGGACGUGGCCGUCAGUGCACGUCCUGUGCGCAUACUCCAUGUCAUCUAUCCAAUGAUAUAUGGCGUCGCCUACGCUGUGUUCAAUGUGAUAUAUUGGAGUGAGGACAAAGUUCAUAACGUUGUGUACAACAUCAUGGACUGGAACAAUCCCGGACUGGCGGUAGGUAUAGUCGUUGGGCUGGCGUUUGUCCUUGUUCCUCUUAUCCAGCUAUUUCACUUCGGCCUGUAUCGGUUGCGACUGCACCUAUACGACCGUAUAUACCACACAAAGUGAUCAUUGUACCGGCUACGUGCAGCCACAUCUAUCAACGUGAGCAUUGUACCGGUUACGAACAACCACCUCUAUCAAAGUGAUUAUUGUACUGGCUACGAGCAGCCAAAUCUAUCAAAGUGAUUAAUGUACCGGCUUCUCACGACCACAUCUAUCAAAGUUAUUGUUCUACCGGCUACGAGCAGCCACAUCUAUCAACGUAAGCAUUGUACCGCUACGAGCAGCCACGUCUAUCAAAGUGAUUAUUGUACCGGCUACGAACAGCCACAUCUAUCAACGUGAGCAUUGUACCGCUACGAGCAGCCACAUCUAUCAAAGUGAUUAUUGUCCCGGCUACGAGCAGACACAUCUAUCAAAGUGAUUAUUGUACCGGAUACGAGCAGACACAUCUAUCAAAGUGAUUAUUGUCCCGGUUACGAGCAGCCACAUCUAUCAAAGUGAUUAUUGUCCCGGCUACGAGCAGCCACAUCUAUCAAAGUGAUUAUUGUCCCGGCUACGAGCAGCCACAUCUAUCAACGUGAGCAUUGUACCGCUACGACCAGCCACAUCUAUCAAAGUGAUUAUUGUACCGGCUACGAACAAACACAUCUAUCAAAGUGAUUAUUGUACCGGGUACGAGCAGACACAUCUAUCAAAAUGAGUAUUGUACCGGCUACGAGCAGACACAUCUAUCAACGUGAUUAUUGUACCGGCUACGUACAAACCACAAGUACGACACAAGUGUAUAGUGUACCGGCUAUGGC